AUGGCUGGCAGUCAGAAGGCUUCUGGAUCAGAAAACAAGACCAUCGAUUCUUCACAUCCCCUCUAUAUUCAUCAUUCAGAUCAACCAGGCCAUGUUUUGGUGCCCAUCAAAUUAAAUGGGGUCAACUAUCAAUCAUGGAGCAAAGCAGUUAUUCAUGCCCUUAUUGCCAAGAAGGGGACAGUUGAAGAACCAUCGCAGGAAGAUGAACCCUUUAUGUUUGAACAGUGGAAUCAAUGCAACAGCAUGAUACUUUCUUGGCUAACUCAUGCUGUUGAAUCGGACAUUGCUGAAGGAAUUAUCCAUGCUAAAACAGCACGCGAAGUGUGGGUUGAUUUGCGUGACCAGUUUUCUCAAAAGAAUGCUCCAACGGUUUUUCAAAUACAGAAAUCAAUCGCCACCAUGUCGCAAGGAACGAUGACAGUAGCUGCAUAUUUUACAAAGAUCAAAGCCUUAUGGGACGAGCUUGAGACAUACCGUUCCCCGCUGACCUGCAACCAACGGCAAACACAUCUCGAGCAAAGGGAGGAAGACCGUCUUAUGCAAUUUCUAAUGGGUUUGAAUGAGUCAUAUAAGGCAGUGAGAUCCAAUAUUUUGAUGAUGUCGCCAUUGCCCAAUGUCCGUCAAGCAUACUCUUUAAUUGUCCAGGAAGAGAUGCAACGACAAGUUUCUUCUGAGCCAACCGAGAAUUUCUCAAUAGCUGCCGCAGUCCCGGGAAAAGGAGGUAAUCCAAGACAAAAAAUGUGUGACCAUUGUAACAGAUCCGGACAUACCAUAGAUGAAUGUCGGACUCUUAAAUUUCACUGUAAGUUCUGUGAUAAAAGAGGUCACACGGAGGAUAGAUGCCGACUGAAAAAUGGGAGCAAUAACAAAAUGGGACAAUUCCGAGGACAACGUCCUUUUGGUCGUGGGAAUCAGCCCUCAGCAAACGCGACAGAAUCCCAGGAAAUGUCUGAUUCGACUUCUUCUAGUACAGUCCAGGGGUUCACUACAGAACAAAUACAACAGUUGGCUCAAGCAAUUCGUGCAUUAAAUCACAGUAAUUCCGGUAAUAUUGACGCAUAUGCAAAUGCUGCAGGUGCCACGGAUCACAUCGUUUCCCACAUGUCUCUUUUCACUGAUCUCAAACCUUCUAAUGUCACAACUGUUAAUUUACCAAAUGGUGCAGCAUCACCAAUAACACACACUGACACCGACUUGGUUUCGGGGAAGAUGAUUGGCUCGGGUAAACAGCGUGGUGGUCUAUACUACAUGCAUCCAUCAGCAAAUAAAUCGAUAUUCAUAAAGAAUUAG